AUGGCAGAGGCAGGAAAAGAGAAGACGCGACAUGAGUUGGACAAUGAGAAGCUUGGACACUACCUCCAACAAGAGAUACCUGGAACCAAGCUACCAGUGACAUCAACAAAGAUUGGCUAUGGGCAAAGUAACCCUACAUACUAUGUUGAUGAUGCCGCCAAGAACCGGUACAUCUUGAGGAAGAAACCCAGUGGAGCCAUCAUCUCACCCGUUGCACACCGCGUUGACCGCGAAUACAACGUGAUCAAAGCUCUGGGUACAGUCGAUGGCUUCCCGGUACCAAAAGUAUACUGCCUAUGCAUGGAUCCCACCAUAAUCGGAACCGAAUUCUACAUAAUGGAAUACGUUCAAGGCCGCAUAUUCACCGACGAAGCCCUCUCAGCUCUCCCCAAGCAAGACCGGCGCGCAGCCUGGAAAUCCGUAGUCUCCACCUUAGCCUGGCUCCAUUCCAUCCCCCCCUCCUCCAUCGGCCUCUCAUCCUUUGGCAAAACAGCAGACUUCUACGCCCGCCACUGCACCACCUUCUCGCGCAUCGAAGCCCAGCAAGCCGCCGUUCGCGACGUCACCACCGGCGCACCGCUCGGCCGCGCCCACCCGGAUUUCGACGAGAUAGUAGACUACAUCCGGCGCCAUGCACCCACCGGCCACAGCAGCAUCGUCCACGGCGACUACAAGUUCGAUAAUAUCAUUCUGCAUCCUACGGAGCCCCGCGUGAUUUCUAUUCUAGAUUGGGAGUUGAGUACCAUUGGGCAUCCGCUGCUCGAUAUUGUGUACCUUGUUAAUCCGUAUUGGAAUCGCGCGAGUAAGGUUCAACCGGCUCCUGGGACGAAGGGGGAGGGGCUGAGGGUUUAUGAUGAGGAGAAUCUGGGCGAGAGCGGUAUGCCGAGUAUGGAGGAGGUGUUGAAUGUGUAUAUGGAGAGGGCGGGGUGGGAUCCGAGGGGGGAGGGGUGGGAGGUUGCGAAGGUUUUUCAUUUGAUGAGGGGAAGCGUGAUAAGCCAUGGUAUUCAAGCCCGUACUAUCAGCGGCCAGGCGAGCAGCGAGUUCUCGUACGUGUACUUUAAGAAUACCAAGCGUGGACUUGAUGAAGCGAUUCGCAUGGUUCGCGAGAUGAAGGCGAAGGAAGAUGUAAAAAGCAGUUUGUAG